UCUUUACUAAGUUCAAUGGUUAGACAUUAGUAUUUAUCUUGUCCAUAAAAACGUAGUUUAAUGGCCGGACGGCAAUUAGUAUCACAACAGAAAAAACAUGGCGACCACGAACUCAAAACGUAUCGUCUAUGUUGGCGGUUUGGCAGAGGAGGUGAAUGAAAAGAUUCUACAUGCAGCCUUCAUCCCCUUUGGAGAUAUCACAGACAUACAGAUUCCACUGGAUUAUGAAACAGAAAAGCACAGGGGAUUUGCCUUCAUAGAAUUUGAACUUCUAGAGGAUUCUGCAGCUGCUGUUGAUAACAUGAAUGAAUCAGAGCUAUUUGGCAGAACAAUCCGAGUUAACAUAGCUAAACCAAUGAAAAUCAAGGAGGGAGCAUCAAGAGCAGUUUGGUCAGAAGACACAUGGCUACAGAAGCAUGCCGGUGAGACACUACCUGACAAAACAGAGGACGAGGAGGCAAAUGAGGGAGAUAGUGCUACUGGAGUGAAGAGGGCUGCUGAGGACACAGAUGUGACAACAGCAUCAGCACCCAAGAGGAGCAAAGGUAAUCCGCAGGUCUACUUAGACAUCAAGGUUGGCAAUCGGUCAUCUGGGCGUGUGGUCAUAGAACUGCGGGCAGACAUUGUUCCUAAAACUGCAGAGAACUUUCGAUGUCUCUGCACUCACGAGAAAGGUUUUGGUUUUAAAGGCAGCAGUUUUCACAGGGUUAUUCCACAAUUUAUGUGCCAGGGAGGAGAUUUCACCAACCACAACGGAACUGGUGGCAAGUCCAUAUAUGGGCGUAAAUUUGAAGAUGAAAAUUUCAUCUUAAAGCACACAGCACCAGGUACAAUGUCGAUGGCCAACUCCGGACCCAAUAGUAAUGGAUCUCAGUUCUUCAUUUGUACUGACAAAACUGACUGGCUGGAUGGUAAACAUGUGGUGUUUGGCAAAGUAAUUGAAGGCUACGAGAUCGUGAGGAAAAUGGAGGCUUGUGGAACAAAGUCUGGGAAACCAACAGAUAAAAUUUCAAUUACAAACUGUGGAGAACUUGUAUGACAGGAAUCUGUGUUCUGACUAUAGACAAUUCCAGCUGAAUGGUUGAUGAUCACCGUAACUCAGCUAUGUCAACAGCACAUCAAAACUUGUCUCUGUAUCCACCCUGGGGAAGAAAAUUUGGCAUCUAUACCAAAUUUUGUGUCAGAGUCUUGUGGAGUCUCAGCCAGUUUCUGCCAUGUUUCUGGAGAUUUUUUAGUGUAAAAAAUGCUCUGUAUCAUUGUGACCUUUACUUGUGACCUUCAGUAAAAGUGCCUGACCUGUAUUGGAACUUGUUAUACGUUGUGGCAGCAAUCCCUGGUGAUUGAUGGUGUCAGCAUACAUACCUAGUGUGUACUGCAGUGCAGCAAGUCAUGCAAGCUUAAAGUAUUGUAUAGUUGAAAAAGGAACUACCUGGUAAUUUGUUUUGUAUAAUAUUAUGGUUAUCGCAUAUUUUGAAAUUCGUUUAUCACAUGUAGCACUUAUUAAUAUGUUGAUUAUUGAGGUCAUAUUUGAUACCUUGUCAAUGUAAACAGAUCAUCAACAUGGUUUUUUAACAAACAUUUUAAGUGUCUGGAAACUUGCAGAAGAACUAGAUUUGAAAGGAUUUGUUAGGGAGGGGUCUUGAUUUACAGAUGGUCGGAAUGGUAAUCAGGAGGAACUACAAAAUAGUGCUUACAUAUGAACAAGUGAUCACUCAAGUACCCAGACCAUGAUUUUGGGUUAGAGAUUGACAUUUGUAUAUGGAGUCAAUAUCUGUUAUAUUGUAUGGGUGUCAUAAAUAAUAAUAAAUAAACACAUAUAACAGGUA